UUUUUCGAAUUUAAACUGUAUCCAACGGUAAUAAGAGUGUUAUGAUAUGCAAUGAUGUGGCAGAAGCACCACGUUGCAUACGUCGCGUGGUCAGUGUCGGUUGGCAGCGCUGCGAGGAGCACGUAUCGCCGCCAUUUUCGUCCCGCCAAAACUUUACGCGGCAAACUUCGAUGACAGAAAAAAUCGUUUAGUGACUUUUUAUUAAUCAAAAACAUUUGUAUAACUAUUAGUGACUGUUAAAUACGUGUAAAAAAUGUACAUUAUUUUUGCCGUGCGUGUAAAAGUGCAUAAUUAGUUUAAUUUGUGUUAAACAAUAAUGGAUCUUGUGCAAGCGCCGGAACGUUGACCUUAUUUCUUGACAGGGCCAUGGAGCUCAAAACGCCAAAAGACAAGAAGAUAUCGAGUUUCACAAAACUCCUUUCGCGCGGAAAAAUGUUCCGGAUACCGAUACUCAUCCUCUUCCUUUUGGGCAGCACUAGUUGUGAUGACAGCGAAGACGAAUUCCAAUUUCAAAUUCAAAAUUCGAAUUUGCAAAACACAAGUUUGAUGGAACACUCGCAUAGACACGGACGUAAUACCAGUGUAAAAAAAGAUUUGAGUGACAUUAAAUAUUUAAGGCGACAUUUAAAUAGGGAAAUAGUGAAUUUUGUAAUGACUGACUAUUUGGUGGAUGGCGAGGUGGAGAACCGUGUGCAUUAUAAUGGCGUCACGGCGAAGGAAACUUAUGUUGGCGCGAAUGGGAGCGGAUUGCGACUGCGUCAGCUGACCGACGGCCGCCAUCUUGUCCAAGUCAUCUACACACCAAAUGGCGCCAUCCAGGACUGCGAGUACAUCACCCAAUCAAAAUAUUCUAGAAACUUCCUCAAGACAUUAAGGAAGGAACUUAAACUCGCAUUAGAAGAACAAAGUAUUAAAUUAACACAGAAUGAAAUAACUAAUGAAGAUGAGAAAUAUUACCGCCAUUUUAGUAAUAUGACGCUGCGUAUUUUGAGAAAUGGAGAGACUCUGCCGAUAGAUGUCGCUAGUUGGUUGGAUUUUGACAAGUUGAAGAUGGAAUGCUUGGAAAGGCAUGAGGAGCUCAAGUUUAUGAUGACUAAUAAGAAUAAAGUCUCAGAUGCUACGCUCGCUAGGUCACGCCGGUCUUUGAAAGAGAAUUUCAUAGUCCCCGGAACGAAAUGGUGCGGCGCCGGCGACCUAGCAGAGAAGUACAACGAACUGGGCAUGAAUAGAAAGGAAGAUACCUGCUGUAGGGCUCACGACAACUGCCGAAUGAACAUAGGCCCGUUCAGACGAAGAUUCGGCUAUUUCAACUUUAGACCAUUCACGAUUUCAAACUGCGCAUGCGAUAGAAGACAAAAACGUGACGCCAUGGAGUUACUGAGAGUGCCAGGAACAAAGUGGUGUGGUAAAGGAUAUUCGGCGACGCGGUACUCUCAGUUGGGGGGUUACACACGCACCGACCGCUGCUGCCGCGUUCACGAUCUUCGCUGCCCUUUCUGGAUCGGGGGCAUGGAGAAGAAAUAUGGACUAUUCAACUGGCGUGUAAACACGCUUAUGCACUGCCGCUGCGAUGAAAGGUUUCGCGCCUGCCUGAAGCUGGCCAACACCUCGAUGUCCAACAUGGUGGGCAAGCUGUUCUUCAACGUGGUGCAGACGAGGUGCUUCGUGCUGAAACCAGUCAAGUCCUGCACGCAGCGCUCCUGGUGGGGGCGCUGUCUGCGCCGCUCGUACACCAAGCGGGCAUAUUUGAGGGACAACAUGCCGUAUUAAUACUACUAGAGUCAUCUAUCCUUAAAGUGAAAACUAAGUCAUUAUUGUACCAACGCCAUCUAGCGUCAAUAUAGAAAACUAUAAUGAGACUUACGUUUGCAUUGUGACAAAAUUUAUGGAGUGCACAUUUUUUAUACCACGUCGGUAACAAGCAUAACGCCUUCCUGGUAAGAGGUUACCGUAGCCUAUGGACACAAGGAAUUUCAAGAGUGUUACAUGCGCAACUCUUUAAAAUACUGUACACUACAUUUUGAAAGACAUCUGUAGACCAUUCUAUAGACGGAGUUAUCGCGUAGAAAUUUCCUCUAAAACCGCACUAUAUGCCAUAUUAACUUUCCCCCACAAGCCCCCAACGGGCAUUUCGCUGCCUAAUUAGUUGUAAAGUCUUAAAAUUACGGUAGAUGUCGCUAAAUGCCUUAGUGCACAGCGACAUCUACCGAAUGAGUACUAGACUUUUAGGGAUCGCCUCCCUAAAGUGUGUAGAGACGUCUACUAAACGAAAUUCAAGUAUUUGAAGGACAACUACCGUAUUAAUGGGUUAGAUGGGUUUACUAAGGCACAGGAAGACUACUACGUACAGAAUUUUCACUGUCAGACCGAAGCCGAUGUUGGACAGAGAAUCACGUUGUUCCUCUCGCAUGAACCCCAUAACGUGUUCUCUUUCUCGCUCAUUAGGCUGUAUCUUAAUGGCGAUUCGGAGCAGUCGAGAUCGUGAGCUGCACGCGCCCAAUAGUGAAAGACAAGUCACUGCGGUUUGUGGAAUCCAGAGGGCUACCGCCAACAUCGACGAAUCGAAAAUCGAUAUUUCGAUUUUCUCGGUUGGCCCUCUGUACACAGGGAAUCUGUCGCGGGUCAGGUUUUUGCAUAUUUGAACGUAUGAAAAGAAAAACACUCGUUAUUUUUGUGUCAUUCUAAGGUAAAAUGGACUUAAUUGUUUAAUGAGGGCAUAGGCCUCGGCGUUAGCCGCACUAAGGUCCCUUUUUGCUAAGGAUGAAACCUCUUUUAUCCCCCUCACUGUCUCUUUCACUCUCAUUCCUAAGAAAGAGACGAAGCUCUCAAACGGGGCUGGUAUUAGUUCCCAUUUUAUUGUACUUUUGUUUGUAAAUAAAGUAGGCUUUAAUACAGACAAAUGUGAUUUACUUUAAUAUUGUUUUUAAUAUUAUUCGCGAUGGAGAAUCUAUGAAAUCUCGUAGUUUUAGCUGUAACAUAAUAUAAUUAGUAUCUGUAUGAGAAAGAUGUAUUGGGCAUUUUCAGGAAAAUUCUGAAUAUAUUUGGUUCGUAAUAAAAAAAAAAUGUCGAUCUCCUGCAUUCAUGUAUUGUUAAUCAUUUUUGUAGAUGCCACCACUUGAUAGAUCCUACACCUAAUAUGACAGCGCCAUCUGGGCCUAAUUUUAUUCUAUUAUUUAUUUUUUAGUCAUGUUUCUAUAAAAUUUGGUGGAUAUAUGGUGUCCUUAUUCUAUACGUAGUAAGCGCAAUUUUACCGUGGCUCCUCAAGAAUUUUCCACUGAAACGUAUAGUAUUUUCGUAGCUGAGCGGAAAAUUAUAUACAUUAUUUUAUUGCAAAUUGGGCUUUCGUACUUAUUCCACACAGAAUGAGGUCUUCAACUCAUAUUAAACCGGGUCACUCACGUAUAUAAUGAUGAUUGAUUGACAUGUUUCGCUCCACAUCGAGCAGCAUUUUCAUAGAGCGCACGCAUUGAUGGUCCGACGCAGACUGCGGGCUGCAGCCCUCCGCGACCGAUCAUCAAACGUGCGCUCUUCAAACCAGCUAAAUUGUAUCUUAUUUAAAUGUAACGAAAAAAUCGACAAAAAUGAAAAUCGGCUUAUCUAACAAACUCUCUGAGAAAGCGAAAAAUAAUAAUGUUACUGUAAUCGCGAAAAUUCCUAGUUGUAGAUAUUAAUACGUUUGAAUAAUUCUGUAAUAAUAAAAUUUUACUCCUUAGAAAGAUGGAAAUAAAAUCUCGAUGUAAAACUACCUGCAGUAUUAAAAUUGAAUUUUCGAUGAUA